GCUUCCUCCACCCCAACACUCUCUCCCUUCCCGCAGGCAUUGCUCUUCAUCUAGUCUUCCUCCCGGCGCUCUACCCGGGGCUUCUUCUUCCUGCAGCGCAGGUCCUCUCUCGCAUCUAGCUCCACCGGUUCGGCUCCCCCGCGAUCGCCACCCCUGCGACCAUGGCUAUCCACAGCGAGCAAGCCCCUCCAGGCACGCAGCCCAUCGACAUCGAGGCAUGGACCGAGCAAGCGACGGCUGCUAUGAGCACUGUGAUUAUCUCUGCGCCUGGGGACAAUGUUCAUGGCACCACCGUCAGCCUGCACAUCCCACUCGAUGACGUCGCGCCCUCCGCUGCUCCAGCUGCGCGUCCCGUCCCCGCCGCCGCCGCGGCCAAAGAGGGCGGUUACUACAAGAGAAAGGAGCCGCUUCGACGCGACAGCCUGAAGCGGCGCGAAGCCCUGCUCAAGGGCAAGGAGGGCAGCAAGCGCAGACUACGAUGGGAGAACGAUCGCCUCCUCAACAACCCCUACGUCGAACCGCCCCAGCCCCGCGACUGGGAAAUCCGCCCCACCCACCCCGUCCACCACGUCCCGUACUACCUCGCGCCGCUCUGGGACGCGGGUCUCUCGCGCCAGCACACAGAGCGCAAAGCCGCCGUCGCCGCCGCGAAAGCCGGGCCCAAGACCACGGCCAAGAAGCCCACAACGCCUGGCGUCGUGCCCAAAGAGCUGCGCGAGAAGCUCAAGCGGAGCCGCGGCGCGAAGGGCCUGCUCAUGGAUUUGGAGGGCGAGGUGCGGCGCUUCGUCGCGGAGUGGGAGGAGAAGGAGCGCCGGGCGGAGAUGGACGGGCUACCUGCGGAUCCGGACUCGAGCGAUGACGAGAUUGUCUUCGUGGGCCGGAAUGGCAAGAUGAGCGAUUUGAGGAGUCCGACGGGCAGUAGUGGGGAGACGAAGAAGGAGCUCAUGCUGUUUGAGACGCCGGAGGAUGACCACGGAGGCUGCUUUGGGAGGUGGCUUGUGCAUCAUAUUGGGGUGUACUAUGGGCUCAAGACGUGGUCGGUUACGGUGGGCGAUCCGGCGAGGAGGGAAGCAUAUAUCGGGCUCAAGGAUGUGAAGAUGAGGACGGGACGGAAGAGUGUUUGUGCUCCUCUGCCGCGGCCUCUUUACGGUCUGGUCUGAGCUCGUUUCUCUGAUUGUCAGGCGGCUCAAGAUGAGACGGAGCUACUUUUCCAGUUAUCCGAUUUAUCCUUCGGGAAUCUUGUCUUUGGUUUGUUUGAGUAUGUGUGCGCUUAUGUGUACACCGCACAGCUACGGCGUGGUCGGCAUUUUCUUUAGACAGUCGUUGCGCGUGGUUUGCAUGAGCA